AUGAAGGAACGAAGCGAGCAGUCAUAUAAUCGCACCGUGCAGUCUGUUGCCGCGGCCAACGCUUUGGCUGUCCCGUGGAGCGCUGCCGAGGUGCGGGGAGCCUUGCCCACAGCCCUGGGAGUCGCCGGAAUACCCGCCCUGGUCAUAACAAGUGGUGAUGGUACCGUGCUCACUGCGAACGGCAGGCAAAAACUUGCUGCCGAUCCCACCGGCUUGAACUUUCCGUGGUCCCAGAGACCUCUUUCAGUGUUGACUGAACAAGCUCUCCUAAAGAUGGCCAGACACCCGGCCAUAGUUUUGUUUGUGGAUGACGAAGAUUCCGAAAUAGAAUUCGCCGAAUCGGUACUAACGCCGGCCGCGGAGUCGUACUACGAGGAAUGCAGCAUCCAAUACCCUGGAUUCUGCCCGCACCAGAGCUCUUCGGACGACGAGACCCUUGACUUCGACUACCCGCCCAGGAAAUCCAAGAAGCGACCGUUCAAACACGUCAUGUUCUACGUCGGCGUGGACGGCACAGACACCGCGGACAUGCUGAGAGAGCACAUCUGCUUAGAUGACGCGGUGCCACUGCUCACAGCCAUCGACUUCCCGAAGCAACGGAUGUUCACCAUGAAGUACGGCGAUGAGAUAACCACGCACUCGGUACAGAACUUCCUUGACGCUUAUCUGAGCGGCAAUGCAGACUUCAAGCCGCUGAAGCCUUACAGUGACAAAUGUUAAUUAUCGUAGACAAAUCGUUUUUUUUUUUUUAUGAAUUUUUUUUUUUUAUGAAUGAAGGAUUACUGAU